GCAGCCUUCUCCAGCAUGAGUCAUCCAGAGGUGGGUGCCGCCGAGGAGGCAAGAGAGGUGACACUGAAGACUGAGGUGGAGUCUGGAGCCAGUGGCUACAGUGUCACAGGUGGAGAGGACCAGGGGAUCUUUGUCAAGCAAGUGCUGAAGGACUCCUCCGCUGCAAAGCUGUUCAGCCUGAGAGAAGGAGACCAGCUUCUCAGUGCAACCAUAUUCUUUGACCACAUGAAAUACGAAGAUGCCCUUAAAAUUCUUCAGUACUCAGAACCAUACAGAGUUCAGUUCAGAGUCAAACGGAGGCUCUCGGCCAGCAAGGAAGAGGACUCGGCCAAUCAGCGUUCUCAGCAAGGUCUGCAUGGUCAGGAAAAGCAGGACAAAGAUAUUGCUGACGGGUGCAUGGAGACCCCUACAAAGACGCUACAGUCAGACGGAGACCGAGAGAGGCUUAUUUCUAAGUCCACAGACGGUCGCCACAGGCGGCAACAGGACAGACUCUCCUGGCCAAAAUUUCAAGCCUUAAGGAGCAAGCGAGGACCAGGCCCCCGACGCUCACACAGUUCCUCAGAAGCGUCAGAGCACAGGGCCACACGGGAUGUGUCCCCCACGAGCACAGACACGGAAGUCCAGCUGUCAGCGGCCGACCAGGAGCAGAAGUCAGGGUCAAGUAGACGAAGAAAGAGAUUCCUUAACCUGACAUUUGGAUUGAGCUCAGGGCAAGGCCCAGUCACUACUGAGCAAACAGACAGAGAGCCCCAGGCCAGGCAAGCGCAUGCUGGGGUCCUAGAAGAGUCAAGGCAACAGGAGGGUGACACAACAGACACAGUGGUGGCUGCUGAAGACAAAAAGGACAAGACACAAGGAGCCGGGACCAUGACUGCUCUAACUGUGCAGAUGUACACUGGGACCAGUCAUUCCACUGUGGACAAAGAUGCCCCUGACGAAAUGGUGAUAAAAACAGACAGGCAUCCUAGGAAGAAAAAGCCAGUGGCUAAACGAAACAAGGAGAAGAUGAUGAGCCUGCGGAGAGCUGAGCCGGCCCCAGGAAUGAGUUGGGAGGACGAAUGGGAGGAAGUCCAGAGUCUAGAAAUGGGCCUUGCAAAAUUGUCUCUGAAAGACACGUCCGACCAAGGGAGCACAGAGGUCUGCUCAUAUGGCAUGAAAACACCACAAGAUGUAUCUGCCAAAACCAAGAUGGAAGAACCAAUAAAAUACACAAAAGAGGCUGGAUUAGGGAUGAAAGUACAGAGAGACUCUGGCGACAGAGAAAGAAUGAGGACACAAGAAAAAGUUCACUCACAAGGACAGAUAGAAGAACAUAAAGGAAAAGCAGGAAAUGAGGACACAGAAAAGGGACAGAGAGAAAAAAAGACAAAAGAAAAUGUAGAAAAUGUAACACCGACACGACAAAUAAAAAUGAAGAUGACAAAAUUCAAGAUGCCUACAUUUGGAUGGUCUCCCACAAAAGACAUGAGUAGAGUGAAAAGGGAGGGAAAAGGACAAAUAGAGACAGAGGAAAUGAAAGAUAAUAUAGAAAAAGUAGAGGAUGGCGAUAACAAGGAAAGAUUGGGAAAAGAUGAUGUAAGACUGGAAGCAAGGAUUGUGGGAGUGGGAGAAAAAAACACUAAGGACCAGAAGGACCAGGAGUGUCUUAACAGAGAAAUGACUCUGAGGACACCCAAGUUCAAGAUGCCCUCAUUCGGCGUGUCCGCGCCUGGCAAGCCCACCGUGGAGGCCUCGAUGGAGGUGGCGGCCCCCAAGGUGGAGGCAGACAUGGCCAUGCCCUCCGUCCAGGGCGACCUGAAGACCCCUGAUCUGAGCGUCCAGCUGCCUUCCGCUGACCUGGAGGCCAAGGCCGGAGAGGAGGGCGAGAAGCUGCCCAAGGGCCAGCUGCCAGAGGGAGAGCUGGAGGCGCAGGCAGCUGCUGGCGCCAGCCUGAAGGGCCACCUGCCCAAGGUACAGAUGCCCAGCCUCAAGAUGCCCAAGGUGGACCUCAAGGGCACUCAAGUGGACCUCAAGGGCCCCCAGGUGGACAUGAAGAGUGCCAAGGGCCAGCUGAGUGCCCCCGAGCUGGAGGUGACCGUGCCAGGCAUGGAGGUGAACAUCCCGGGGCCUGCUACCAAGCUGGAGGGUGACCUGGCCCUGGGCGACAAGGACGUGCCCGCCAAAGACAGCAAGUUCAAGAUGCCCAAGUUCAAGAUGCCCUCGUUCGGCGUGUCCGCGCCUGGCAAGCCCACCGUGGAGGCCUCGCUAGAGGUGGCGGCUGCCAAGGUGGAGGCAGACGUCUCCCUUCCAUCCGUGCAGGGCGACCUGAAGACCCCUGACCUGAGUGGUCAGCUGUCCUCCGCCGACCUGGAGGCCAAGGCCGGCCAGGUGGGCGUGAAGCUGCCCGAGGGCCAGCUGCCCGAGGGAGAGUUGGCGGCGCAGGCGGCUGCUGGUGCUAGCCUGAAGGGCCACCUGCCCAAGGUGCAGAUGCCCAGCCUCAAGAUGCCCAAGUUGGACCUGGAGGGCCCCAAGGUGGACGUGAAGGGCGCCAAGGCCGAGCUGAGCACCCCCAACAUGGAGGUGACCGUGCCCAGCAUGGAGGUGGACAUCCCGGGGCCCGCUGCCAAGCUGGAGGGCGACCUGGCUCUGGGCGACAGGGACGUGGCCACCAAAGACAGCAAGUUCAAGAUGCCUAAGUUCAAGAUGCCCUCGUUCGGCGUGUCCGCGCAUGGCAAGCCCACCGUGGAGGCCUCGAUGGAGGUGGCAGCCCCCAAGGUAGAGAAGGGCGUGGCCCUUCCCUCCGUCCAGGGCGACCUGAAGACCCCUGACCUGAACGUCCAGCUGCACUCUGCCGACCUGGAGGCCAAGGCCGGCCAGGUGGGCGUGAAGCUGCCCGAGGGCCAGCUGCCCGAGGGAGAGCUGGCGGCACAGGCGGCUGCUAGUGCCAGCCUGAAGGGCCACCUGCCCAAGGUGCAGAUGCCCAGCCUCAAGAUGCCCAAGGUGGACAUCAAGGGCCUGCACGUGGACCUCAAGGGCCCCAAGGUGGACGUGAAGGACGCCAAGGGCGAGCUGAGCACCCCGGAGCUGGAGGUGACCGUGCCCAGCGUGGAGGUGGACAUCCCAGGGCCCGCUGCCAAGCUGGAGGAAAACAUGGCUCUGGGCGACAGGGACGUGGCCGCCGAAGACAGCAAGUUCAAGGUGCCCAAGUUCAAGAUGCCCUCGUUCGGCGUGUCCGCGCCUGGCAAGCCCAUCGUGGAGGCCUCGCUGGAGGUAGCAGCCCCCAAGGUGGAGGAAGACGUGGCCCUUCCCUCUGUCCUGGGCGACCUGAAGACCACUGACCUCAGCGUCCAACUACCAUCUGCCGAUCUGGAGGCCAAGGCCGACCAGGUGGGUGUGAAGCUGCCCGAGGGCCAGCUGCCCGAGGGAGAGCUGGCGGCGCAGGCGACUGCUGGCACCGGCCUGAAGGGCCACCUGCCCAAGGUGCAGAUGCCCAGCCUCAAGAUGCCCAAGGUGGACCUGAAGGGCCCCCAGGUGGACCUCAUGGGCCCCAAGGUGGACGUUAAGGGUGCCAAGGGUGAGCUGAGCGCCCCCGAGCUGGAGAUGACUGAGCCCGGUGUGGAAGUGGACAUCCCAGUGCCCGCUGCCAAGCUGGAGGGCGACCUGGCCCUGGGCGACAAGGACGUGGCCGCCAAAGACAGCAAGUUCAAGAUGCCCAAGUUCAAGAUGCCCUCGUUCAGCGUGUCAGCACCAGGAAAGCCCACCAGGGAGGCUUUGCUGGAGGUUGCGGUCCCCAAGGUGGAGGCAGACGUGGCCCUGCCCUCCGUCCAGGGCGACAUGAAGACCCCUGAUCUGAGCGUCCAGCUGCCUUCCGCUGACCUGGAGGCCAAGGCCGGAGAGGAGGGCGAGAAGCUGCCCAAGGGCCAGCUGCCGGAGGGAGAGCUGGAGGCGCAGGCAGCUGCUGGCGCCAGCCUGAAGGGCCACCUGCCCAAGGUACAGAUGCCCAGCCUCAAGAUGCCCAAGGUGGACCUCAAGGGCACUCAAGUGGACCUCAAGGGCCCCAAAAUGGACGUGAAGGGCGCCAAGAGCGAGCUGAGCGCCCCCGAGCUGGAGGUGACCGUGCCCAGCGUGGAGGUGGACAUCCCGGGGUCCGCUGCCAAGCUGGAGGGCGACCUGACUCUGGGCGACAAGGACGUGGCCGCCAAAGACAGCAAGUUCAAGAUGCCCAAGUUCAAGAUGCCCUCGUUCGGUGUGUCCGUGCCUGGCAAACCCACCGUGGAGGCCUCGCUGGAGGUGGCAGCCCCCAAGGUGGAGGCAGACAUCUCCCUUCCAUCCGUGCAGGGCGACCUGAAGACCACUGAGCUGAGCGUCCAGCUGCCUUCCGCUGACCUGGAGGCGAAGGCCGGCCAGGUGGGCGUGAAGCUGCCCGAGGGCCAGCUGGCCGAUGGAGAGCUGACGGCGCAGGCGGCUGUUGGCGCUGGCCUGAAGGGCCACCUGCCCAAGAUGCAGAUGCCCAGCCUCAAGAUGCCCAAGGUGGACCUCAAGAGCCCCCAGGUGGACCUCAAGGGCCCCAAGGUGGACAUGAAGGGCGCCAAGGGCGAGCUGAGCACCCCCAACCCAGAGGUGACCUUGCCCAGCAUGGAAGUGGACAUCUCGGGGCCCGCUGCCAAGCUGGAAGGCGACCUGACCCUGGGGGACAGGGACGUGGCCCCCAAAGACAGCAAGUUCAAGAUGCCCAAGUUCAAGGUGCCCUCGUUCGGCGUGUCCGCGCCUGGCAAGCCCACCGUGGAGGCCUCGCUAGAGGUGGCGGCCCCCAAGGUAGAGGAGGACUUGGCCCUUUCCUCCGUCCAGGGCGAGCAGAAGACCCCUGACUUGAGCGUCCAGCUGCUGUCCGGCGAACUGGAGGCCAAGGCUGGCCAGGUGGCCGUGAAGCUGCCCGAGGGCCAAGUGCUCGAGGGAGAGCUGGAGGCACAGGCGGCUUCUGGUGCAGGGCUGAAGGGCCACCUGCCCCAGGUGCAGAUACCCAGCCUAAAGAUGCCCAAGGUGGACCUCAAGGGCCCUCGAGUGGACCUCAAGGGCCCCCAGGUGGACGUGAAGGGUACCAAGGGUGAGCUGAGCGCCCCCGAGCUGGAGGUGACCGUGCCAGGCAUGGAGGUGAACAUCCCGGGGCCUGCUACCAAGCUGGAGGGUGACCUGGCCCUGGGCGACAAGGACAUGCCCGCCAAAGACAGCAAGUUCAAGAUGCCCAAGUUCAAGAUGCCCUCGUUCGGCGUGUCCGCGCCUGGCAAGCCCACCGUGGAGGCCUCGCUAGAGGUGGCGGCUGCCAAGGUGGAGGCAGACGUCUCCCUUCCAUCUGUGCAGGGCGACCUGAAGACCCCUGACCUGAGUGGUCAGCUGUCCUUCGCCGACCUGGAGGCCAAGGCCGGCCAGGUGGGCGUGAAGCUGCCCGAGGGCCAGCUGCCCGAGGGAGAGUUGGCGGCGCAGGCGGCUGCUGGUGCUAGCCUGAAGGGCCACGUGCCCAAGGUGCAGAUGCCCAGCCUCAAGAUGCCCAAGGUGGACCUCAAGGGCCCCAAAAUGGACGUGAAGGGCGCCAAGGGCGAGCUGAGCGCCCCCGAGCUGGAGGUGACCGUGCCCAGCGUGGAGGUGGACAUCUCGGGGCCCGCUGCCAAGCUGGAGUUCGACCUGGCCCUGGGCGACAGGGACGUGGCCGCCAAAGACAGCAAGUUCAAGAUGCCCAAGUUCAAGAUGCCCUCGUUCGGCGUGUCCGCGCCUGGCAAGCCCAUCGUGGAGGCCUCGCUGGAGGUAGCAGCCCCCAAGGUGGAGGAAGACGUGGCCCUUCCCUCUGUCCAGGGCGACCUGAAGACCACUGACCUCAGCGUCCAACUACCAUCCGCCGAUCUGGAGGCCAAGGCCGACCAGGUGGGUGUGAAGCUGCCCGAGGGCCAGCUGCCCGAGGGAGAGCUGGCGGCGCAGGCGACUGCUGGCACCGGCCUGAAGGGCCACCUGCCCAAGGUGCAGAUGCCCAGCCUCAAGAUGCCCAAGGUGGACCUCAAGGGCCCCCAGGUGGACCUCAUGGGCCCCAAGGUGGACGUUAAGGGUGCCAAGGGUGAGCUGAGCGCCCCCGAGCUGGAGAUGACUGAGCCCGGUGUGGAAGUGGACAUCCCAGUGCCCGCUGCCAAGCUGGAGGGCGACCUGGCCCUGGGCGACAAGGACGUGGCCGCCAAAGACAGCAAGUUCAAGAUGCCCAAGUUCAAGAUGCCCUCGUUCGGCGUGUCAGCGCCAGGAAAGCCCACCAGGGAGGCUUCGCUGGAGGUUGCGGUCCCCAAGGUGGAGGCAGACGUGGCCCUGCCCUCCGUCCAGGGCGACCUGAAGACCCCUGAUCUGAGCGUCCAGCUGCCUUCCGCUGACCUGGAGGCCAAGGCCGGAGAGGAGGGCGAGAAGCUGCCCAAGGGCCAGCUGCCGGAGGGAGAGCUGGAGGCGCAGGCAGCUGUUGGCGCCAGCCUGAAGGGCCACCUGCCCAAGGUACAGAUGCCCAGCCUCAAGAUGCCCAAGGUGGACCUCAAGGGCCCUCAAGUGGACCUCAAGGGCCCCCAGGUGGACAUGAAGAGUGCCAAGGGCCACCUGAGCGCCCCCGAGCUGGAGGUGACCGUGCCAGGCAUGGAGGUGAACAUCCCGGGGCCUGCUACCAAGCUGGAGGGUGACCUGGCCCUGGGCGACAAGGACAUGCCCGCCAAAGACAGCAAGUUCAAGAUGCCCAAGUUCAAGAUGCCCUCGUUCGGCGUGUCCGCGCCUGGCAAGCCCACCGUGGAGGCCUCGCUAGAGGUGGCGGCUGCCAAGGUGGAGGCAGACGUCUCCCUUCCAUCCGUGCAGGGCGACCUGAAGACCCCUGACCUGAGUGGUCAGCUGUCCUCCGCCGACCUGGAGGCCAAGGCCGGCCAGGUGGGCGUGAAGCUGCCCGAGGGCCAGCUGCCCGAGGGAGAGUUGGCGGCGCAGGCGGCUGCUGGUGCUAGCCUGAAGGGCCACCUGCCCAAGGUGCAGAUGCCCAGCCUCAAGAUGCCCAAGGUGGACCUCAAGGGCCCCAAGGUGGACGUGAAGGGCGCCAAGGGCGAGCUGAGCGCCCCCGAGCUGGAGGUGACCGUGCCCAGCGUGGAGGUGGACAUCUCGGGGCCCGCUGCCAAGCUGGAGUUCGACCUGGCCCUGGGCGACAGGCACGUGUCCGCCAAAGACAGCAAGUUCAAGAUGCCCAAGUUCAAGAUGCCCUCGUUCGGCGUGUCCGCGCCUGGCAAGCCCAUCGUGGAGGCCUCGCUGGAGGUAGCAGCCAAGGUGGAGGAAGACGUGGCCCUUCCCUCUGUCCAGGGCGACCUGAAGACCACUGACCUCAGCGUCCAACUACCAUCCGCCGAUCUGGAGGCCAAGGCCGACCAGGUGGGUGUGAAGCUGCCCGAGGGCCAGCUGCCCGAGGGAGAGCUGGCGGCGCAGGCGACUGCUGGCACCAGCCUGAAGGGCCACCUGCCCAAGGUGCAGAUGCCCAGCCUCAAGAUGCCCAAGGUGGACCUCAAGGGCCCCCAGGUGGACCUCAUGGGCCCCAAGGUGGACGUUAAGGGUGCCAAGGGUGAGCUGAGCGCCCCCGAGCUGGAGAUGACUGAGCCCGGUGUGGAAGUGGACAUCCCAGUGCCCGCUGCCAAGCUGGAGGGCGACCUGCUGGAGUUCGACCUGGCCCUGGGCGACAGGGACGUGGCCGCCAAAGACAGCAAGUUCAAGAUGCCCAAGUUCAAGAUGCCCUCGUUCGGCUUGUCCGCGCCUGGCAAGCCCAUCGUGGAGGCCUCGCUGGAGGUAGCAGCCCCCAAGGUGGAGGAAGACGUGGCCCUUCCCUCUGUCCAGGGCGACCUGAAGACCACUGACCUCAGCGUCCAACUACCAUCCGCCGAUCUGGAGGCCAAGGCCGACCAGGUGGGUGUGAAGCUGCCCGAGGGCCAGCUGCCCGAGGGAGAGCUGGCGGCGCAGGCGACUGCUGGCACCGGCCUGAAGGGCCACCUGCCCAAGGUGCAGAUGCCCAGCCUCAAGAUGCCCAAGGUGGACCUCAAGGGGCCCCAGGUGGACCUCAUGGGCCCCAAGGUGGACGUUAAGGGUGCCAAGGGUGAGCUGAGCGCCCCCGAGCUGGAGAUGACUGAGCCCGGUGUGGAAGUGGACAUCCCAGUGCCCGCUGCCAAGCUGGAGGGCGACCUGGCCCUGGGCGACAAGGACGUGGCCGCCAAAGACAGCAAGUUCAAGAUGCCCAAGUUCAAGAUGCCCUCGUUCGGCGUGUCAGCGCCAGGAAAGCCCACCAGGGAGGCUUCGCUGGAGGUUGCGGUCCCCAAGGUGGAGGCAGACGUGGCCCUGCCCUCCGUCCAGGGCGACCUGAAGACCCCUGAUCUGAGCGUCCAGCUGCCUUCCGCUGACCUGGAGGCCAAGGCCGGAGAGGAGGGCGAGAAGCUGCCCAAGGGCCCGCUGCCGGAGGGAGAGCUGGAGGCGCAGGCAGCUGCUGGCGCCAGCCUGAAGGGCCACCUGCCCAAGGUACAGAUGCCCAGCCUCAAGAUGCCCAAGGUGGACCUCAAGGGCCCUCAAGUGGACCUCAAGGGCCCCCAGGUGGACAUGAAGAGUGCCAAGGGCCAGCUGAGCGCCCCCGAGCUGGAGGUGACCGUGCCAGGCAUGGAGGUGAACAUCCCGGGGCCUGCUACCAAGCUGGAGGGUGACCUGGCCCUGGGCGACAAGGACAUGCCCGCCAAAGACAGCAAGUUCAAGAUGCCCAAGUUCAAGAUGCCCUCGUUCGGCGUGUCCGCGCCUGGCAAGCCCACCGUGGAGGCCUCGCUAGAGGUGGCGGCUGCCAAGGUGGAGGCAGACGUCUCCCUUCCAUCCAUGCAGGGCGACCUGAAGACCCCUGACCUGAGUGGUCAGCUGUCCUCCGCCGACCUGGAGGCCAAGGCCGGCCAGGUGGGCGUGAAGCUGCCCGAGGGCCAGCUGCCCGAGGGAGAGUUGGCGGCGCAGGCGGCUGCUGGUGCUAGCCUGAAGGGCCACCUGCCCAAGGUGCAGAUGCCCAGCCUCAAGAUGCCCAAGGUGGACCUCAAGGGCCCCAAGGUGGACGUGAAGGGCGCCAAGGGCGAGCUGAGCGCCCCCGAGCUGGAGGUGACCGUGCCCAGCGUGGAGGUGGACAUCUCGGGGCCCGCUGCCAAGCUGGAGUUCGACCUGGCCCUGGGCGACAGGGACGUGCCCGCCAAAGACAGCAAGUUCAAGAUGCCCAAGUUCAAGAUGCCCUCGUUCGGCGUGUCCGCGCCUGGCAAGCCCAUCGUGGAGGCCUCGCUGGAGGUAGCAGCCCCCAAGGUGGAGGAAGACAUGGCCCUUCCCUCUGUCCAGGGCAACCUGAAGACCACUGACCUCAGCGUCCAACUACCAUCCGCCGAUCUGGAGGCCAAGGCCGGCCAGGUGGGUGUGAAGCUGCCCGAGGGCCAGCUGCCCGAGGGAGAGCUGGCGGCGCAGGCGACUGCUGGCACCGGCCUGAAGGGCCACCUGCCCAAGGUGCAGAUGCCCAGCCUCAAGAUGCCCAAGGUGGACCUCAAGGGCCCCCAGGUGGACCUCAUGGGCCCCAAGGUGGACGUUAAGGGUGCCAAGGGUGAGCUGAGGGCCCCCGAGCUGGAGAUGACUGAGCCCGGUGUGGAAGUGGACAUCCCAGUGCCCGCUGCCAAGCUGGAGGGCGACCUGGCCCUGGGCGACAAGGACGUGGCCGCCAAAGACAGCAAGUUCAAGAUGCCCAAGUUCAAGAUGCCCUCGUUCGGCGUGUCAGCGCCAGGAAAGCCCACCAGGGAGGCUUCGCUGGAGGUUGCGGUCCCCAAGGUGGAGGCAGACGUGGCCCUGCCCUCCGUCCAGGGCGACCUGAAGACCCCUGAUCUGAGCGUCCAGCUGCCUUCCGCUGACCUGGAGGCCAAGGCCGGAGAGGAGGGCGAGAAGCUGCCCAAGGGCCCGCUGCCGGAGGGAGAGCUGGAGGCGCAGGCAGCUGCUGGCGCCAGCCUGAAGGGCCACCUGCCCAAGGUACAGAUGCCCAGCCUCAAGAUGCCCAAGGUGGACCUCAAGGGCCCUCAAGUGGACCUCAAGGGCCCCCAGGUGGACAUGAAGAGUGCCAAGGGCCAGCUGAGCGCCCCCGAGCUGGAGGUGACCGUGCCAGGCAUGGAGGUGAACAUCCCGGGGCCUGCUACCAAGCUGGAGGGUGACCUGGCCCUGGGCGACAAGGACAUGCCCGCCAAAGACAGCAAGUUCAAGAUGCCCAAGUUCAAGAUGCCCUCGUUCGGCGUGUCCGCGCCUGGCAAGCCCACCGUGGAGGCCUCGCUAGAGGUGGCGGCUGCCAAGGUGGAGGCAGACGUCUCCCUUCCAUCCAUGCAGGGCAACCUGAAGACCCUUGACCUGAGUGGUCAGCUGUCCUCCGCCGACCUGGAGGCCAAGGCCGGCCAGGUGGGCGUGAAGCUGCCCGAGGGCCAGCUGCCCGAGGGAGAGCUGGCGGCGCAGGCGGCUGCUGGUGCUAGCCUGAAGGGCCACCUGCCCAAGGUGCAGAUGCCCAGCCUCAAGAUGCCCAAGGUGGACCUCAAGGGCCCCAAGGUGGACGUGAAGGGCGCCAAGGGCGAGCUGAGCGCCCCCGAGCUGGAGGUGACCGUGCCCAGCGUGGAGGUGGACAUCUCGGGGCCCGCUGCCAAGCUGGAGUUCGACCUGGCCCUGGGCGACAGGGACGUGGCCGCCAAAGACAGCAAGUUCAAGAUGCCCAAGUUCAAGAUGCCCUCGUUCGGCGUGUCCGCGCCUGGCAAGCCCAUCGUGGAGGCCUCGCUGGAGGUAGCAGCCCCCAAGGUGGAGGAAGACGUGGCCCUUCCCUCUGUCCAGGGCGACCUGAAGACCACUGACCUCAGCGUCCAACUACCAUCCGCCGAUCUGGAGGCCAAGGCCGACCAGGUGGGUGUGAAGCCGCCCGAGGGCCAGCUGCCCGAGGGAGAGCUGGCGGCGCAGGCGACUGCUGGCACCGGCCUGAAGGGCCACCUGCCCAAGGUGCAGAUGCCCAGCCUCAAGAUGCCCAAGGUGGACCUCAAGGGCCCCCAGGUGGACCUCAUGGGCCCCAAGGUGGACGUUAAGGGUGCCAAGGGUGAGCUGAGCGCUCCCGAGCUGGAGAUGACUGAGCCCGGUGUGGAAGUGGACAUCCCAGUGCCCGCUGCCAAGCUGGAGGGCGACCUGGCCCUGGGCGACAAGGACGUGGCCGCCAAAGACAGCAAGUUCAAGAUGCCCAAGUUCAAGAUGCCCUCGUUCGGCGUGUCAGCGCCAGGAAAGCCCACCAGGGAGGCUUCGCUGGAGGUUGCGGUCCCCAAGGUGGAGGCAGACGUGGCCCUGCCCUCCGUCCAGGGCGACCUGAAGACCCCUGAUCUGAGCGUCCAGCUGCCUUCCGCUGACCUGGAGGCCAAGGCCGGAGAGGAGGGCGAGAAGCUGCCCAAGGGCCAGCUGCCGGAGGGAGAGCUGGAGGCGCAGGCAGCUGCUGGCGCCAGCCUGAAGGGCCACCUGCCCAAGGUACAGAUGCCCAGCCUCAAGAUGCCCAAGGUGGACCUCAAGGGCCCUCAAGUGGACCUCAAGGGCCCCCAGGUGGACAUGAAGGGUGCCAAGGGCCAGCUGAGCGCCCCCGAGCUGGAGGUGACCGUGCCAGGCAUGGAGGUGAACAUCCCGGGGCCUGCUACCAAGCUGGAGGGUGACCUGGCCCUGGGCGACAAGGACGUGCCCGCCAAUGACAGCAAGUUCAAGAUGCCCAAGUUCAAGAUGCCCUCGUUCGGUGUGUCCGCGCCUGGCAAGCCCAUCGUGGAGGCCUCGCUAGAGGUGGCAGCUGCCAAGGUGGAGGCAGACGUCUCCCUUCCAUCCGUGCAGGGCUACCUGAAGACCCCUGACCUGAGUGGUCAGCUGUCCUCCGCCGACCUGGAGGCCAAGGCCGGCCAGGUGGGUGUGAAGCUGCCCGAGGGCCAGCUGCCCGAGGGAGAGUUGGCGGCGCAGGCGGCUGCUGGUGCUAGCCUGAAGGGCCACGUGCCCAAGGUGCAGAUGCCCAGCCUCAAGUUGCCCAAGGUGGACCUCAAGGGCCCCAAGAUGGACGUGAAGGGCGCCAAGGGCGAGCUGAGCGCCCCCGAGCUGGAGGUGACCGUGCCCAGCGUGGAGGUGGACAUCUCGGGGCCCGCUGCCAAGCUGGAGUUCGACCUGGCCCUGGGCGACAGGGACGUGGCCGCCAAAGACAGCAAGUUCAAGAUGCCCAAGUUCAAGAUGCCCUCGUUCAGCGUGUCCGCGCCUUGCAAGCCCACUGUGGAGGCCUCGCUGGAGGUUGCGGCCCCCAAGGUGGAAUCAGACGUGGCCUUGGCCUCUGUCCAGGGCGACCUGAAGACCCCUGACCUCAGCGUCCAACUACCAUCCGCCGACCUGGAGGCCAAGGCCGGCCAAAUGGGCGUGAAGCUUCCUGAAGGCCAUCUGCCAGAGGGAGAGCUGGAGGCGCAGGCAGCUGCUGGCACGGGCCUGAAGGGCCACCUGCCCAAGGUGCAGAUGUCCAGCCUCAAGAUGCCCAAGGUGGACCUCAAGGGCCCUCAAGUUGACCUCAAGGGCCCCCAGGUGGACGUGAAGGGUGCCAAGGGCGAGCUGAGUGCCCCCGAGCUGGAGGUGACCGUGCCAGGUGUGGAGGUGGACAUCCCGUUGCCCGCUGCCAAGCUGGACGGGCCCGCUGCCAAGCUGGAGGGCAACCUGGCUCUGGGAGACAGGGACGUGGCUGCCAAAGACAGCAAGUUCAAGAUGCCCAAGUUCAAGAUGCCCUCGUUGGCUGUGUCCGUGCCUGGCAAACCCAUCGCGGAGGCCUCGCUGGAGGUGGCGGCCCCCAAUGUGGAGGCUGACGUGUCCCUGCCCUCCAUCCAGGGCGACCUGAAGACCCCUGACCUGAGCGUCCAUCUGCCUUCUGCCAACCUGGGGGCAAACGCCGGCCAGGUGGGCGUGAAGCUGCCCGAGGGCCAGCUAGCCGAGGGAGAGCUGGCGGCGCAGGCGGCUUCUGGCGCCGGCCCGAAGGGCCACCUGCCCAAGGUGCAGAUGCCCAGCCUCAAGAUGCCUAAGGUGGACCUCAAGGACCGCCCCGUGGACCUCAAGGGCCCCAAGGUUGAUGUGAAAGGCGCCAAGGGUGAGCUGAGUGCCCCCGAGGUGAAGGUGACCGUGCUCGGCAUGGAAGUGGACAUCCCAGGGCCCGCUGCCAAGCUGGAGGUCGACCUGACCCUGGGCAACAGAGACGUGGCCACCAAAGACAGCAAGUUCAAGAUGCCCAAAUUCAAGAUGCCCUCGUUCGGCGUGUCUGCGCCUGGCAAGCCCACUGUGGAGGCCUCGCUGGAGGUGGCGGCCCCCAAGGUGGAGGCUGACGUCGUUCUUCCAUCCGUCCAGGGCGAACUGAAGACCCCUGACCUGAGCGUCCAGCAGCUGUCCGCCGACUUGGAGGCCAAGGCCGGCCAGGUGGGCAUGAAGCUGCCCGAGGGCCAGCUGCCCGAGGGAGAGCUGGCUGCGCAGGCGGCUGCUGGCGCCGGGCUGAAGGGACACCUGCCCAAGGUGCAGAUGCCCAGCCUCAAGAUGCCCAAGGUGGACCUCAAGGGCCCCAAGGUCGACGUGAAGGGCGCCAAGGGCGAGCUGAGCGCCCCCGAGCUGGAGGUGACCGUCCCCAGCGUGGAGAUGGACAUCUCGGGGCCUGCUGCCAAGCUGGAGUUCGACCUGGCCCUGGGCGACAGGGACGUGGCCGCCAAAGACAGCAAGUUCAAGAUGCCCAAGUUCAAGAUGCCCUCGUUUGGCGUGUCCGCACCUGGCAAGCCUAUCGUGGAGGCCUCGCUGGAGGUGGUAACCCCCAAGGCGGAGGAAGACAUGGCCCUUCUCUAUGUCCAGGGCGACCUGAAGACCACUGACCUCAGCGUCCAACUACCGUCCGCCGACCUGGAGGCCAAGGCCGGCCAGGUGGGCGUGAAGCUGCCCGAGGGCCAGCUGCCCGAGGGAGAGCUGGCGGCGCAGGCGGCUGCUGGCACCGGCCUGAAGGGCCAUCUGCCCGAGGUGCAGAUGCCCAGCCUCAAGAUGCCCAGGGUGGACCUCAAGGGCCCCCAGGUGGACCUCAAGGGCCCCAAGGUGGACCUUAAGGGCGCCAAGGGUGAGCUGAAUGCCCCUGAGCUGGAGGUGACCAUGCCCGGCAUGGAAGUGGACAUCCAGGGACCCGCUGCCAAGCUGGAGGGCAACCUGGCCCUGGGCGGCAGGGACGUGGCUGCCAAAGACAGCAAGUUCAAGAUGCCCAAGUUCAAAAUGCCCUCGUUCAGCAUGUCCGCGCCUGCCAAGCCCACCGUGGAGGCCUCGCUGGAGGUGGAGGCCCCCAAGGUGGAAGAGGACGUGGCCCUGGCCUCCGUCCAGGGCGACCUAAAGACCCCUGACCUGAGCGUCCAGCUGCCGUCUGCCGACCUAGAAGCCAAGGCCGGCCAAAUGGGCGUGAAGCUUCUUGAAGGCCAGCUGCCCGAGGGAGAGCUGGUGGAGCAGGCUGCUGUUGGCGCUGACCUUAAGGGCCACCAGUUCAAGGUGCGGAUGCCCAGCCUCAAGAUGCCCAAGGUGGACCUCAAGGGCCCCCACAUGGACCUCAAGGGCGCCAAGGUGGACAUGAAGGGCGCCAAGGGCGAGCUGAGCGCCCCCGAGCUGGAGGUGACUGUGCCCAGCGUGGAGGUGGACAUCUCGGGGCCCGCUGCCAGGCUGGAGGUCGACCUGGCCCUGGGCGACAAGAACGUGGCCGCCAAAGACAGCAAGUUCAAGAUGCCCAAGUUCAAGAUGCCCUCGUUCGGCGUGUCCGCGCCUGGCAAGCCCACCGUGGAGGCCUCGCUGGAGGUGGCGGCCCCCAAGGUGGAGGCUCACGUGGCCCUGCCCUCAGUCCAGGGCGACCUGAAGAACACUGACCUGAGUGUCCAGCAGCCGGCCGCCGACCUGGAGGUCAAGGCCGACCAGGUGGGCGUGAAGCUGCCCGAGGGCCAGCUGCCCGAGGGAGAGCUGGGGGCGCAGACGGCUGCUGGCGCCGGCCUGAAGAGCCACCUGCCCGAGGUGCAGAUGUCCAGCCUCAAGUUGCCCACGCUGGACCUCAAGGGCCCCCACGUGGACCUCAAGGGACCCAAGGGGGACAUCAAGGGCGCCAAGGGCGAGCUCAGUGCCCUGGAGCUGGAGGUUACCGUGCCAGGCAUGGAGGGGGAUACACAGUCUCUGUAUACUGGUGUUGAGUUUAGUAACUCAUGUCUAACAGAUGUUUUCAGCAAGUCUAGUAGUGUCUUUCACCAACCUUCUCCUUCCCUGUUCACUGAGGCAUCUCAGUCUCCUGCUCCUGCUGUUUGCCCUGUGUUUACCAGUACGGAUUCUCCACAAUGCUCCAUUGAUCCACCACCCAGUUCAUUUCAUGCUCGCAUCAUGUUUCCUAAAUUUCACAAACCUAAAUUUGCCUGUUCUGCUCCUCUCUCAGCCUCUGAGUGUGACCGUGCCGUGUCUGCGGGUGUCCUACUGUCUCCCUCUGAUCCUGAGGCCCUGUCAGGUUUCUUAGGCUCUCACGUUCCAUCUUCUGAUGCUUUCGUUUCCCAGGUUUUGGAUGAAUCCUCAAUUCAACCUGUAAGGCAGCUGCCCCCUGAAGGACAUAGUCAGGAUGGAAAAGGGACUUUUAACUUAUCCAGGGUCAAGCUCCCUCCGUUUCAUUGGUCUCCAAAGAGGGACGUGGAGCCUAUAUGUGAUUCUGAGCCCCAACAUGAGGACCCCUUGCCUGCUGUAGAUUCCUCUGCAAUUGAAAUGGACACCCAAGUUGAAGGUUGUGUUUCCUCCACGGAAUCACACAAGCAUGGCUCUCUGGAGAAGGACACAGAGAAGGGACGAAGCCGCAAGCUGAGCUUUUCCAUGCCAAGACUUGCGCUACCUAAGAUAAAGGCUUCUAAGGUUCGGGCUGGCAAGCCACAGCCAGAUGGGAAGCUUUCACCUGCGGGUACCACAUCUGGUGGUGAUUUGGUCAUCAUAGAAACUCCUGUCAGUGACCCCCACGUUCAGGGCAGUCAUUCAAAAGAUGUCACCAUAGAACCCUGUAUCAGAUCCUCCUCCACCACGGCUGAGGAGGCUGGGCCCAAAGCUGAGCUUCUUGCUUCCAAAGGUGACCGGGAUGUCAGAGGUGACAGCGAGGAUCCUAUGUUUGUGAGUGUCUCUGCAAGUCAGCCCUUUGGGGAACAGACAGUACCCACAACGGAAGACCCCCUGCAGUCAUUAGAUAGACAAAGAGACAAUGCCCCCACCAUGAAAAGCCCUGAGAGGGAUGCCACAGCAAAAGAAGUGUCAACAGAUGCCAAUGAGGGAUGGUUCAAAAUGCCCAAGUUCCGAGUUCCUGGUUUCAGGCGUUCCUCAUCCAAGGAGCGAGAUCAGGCUGGAGAACAGGAAGGCACUCAAAAGACACAGACCCCAGUCGUCAGCAUAGCCUUGGAGGCAGAAGUAUCAGCAGCCAGCAGGCAGCUGGCCCAUUUGCCUGAGUCAAAGGUCGAGGCACAUGUCUCCCUGGGGUCCCCAGAGGGAAGGGCCGGUAUGAAGACCUCAGAGAGCCCAACAUAUGCAGAUGUUGUAAAACGUGAUCUCCACAGAGCAGUCUCUAGGAUGCCCAGCUGCAGUGCUGGGACUUCCCAGGCACAUGUGCCCAGCCCUGAGCUUGGUGCCCAUCCGUCUAUAGGCUUCCCCUCCCUUGAGAUGCCUGGUGUGAGAGUCUCAGAACCCCGGCUUCCUCCAGAAGAGACAGGCGAACAGGGGCGUCCUGGGCCAGGAGGAAACAUUCUUGCUGAGGUGGAGGCUAGAACAGGAAGCUGGCCUUCUCAGCCCCAAGGGCCUCUGAGGCUGAAGGCCUCCCUCACUGAGUUGCCAUCCCAGGUGUCUGUGGUGAGCACACAUCAACUCUGGGAAGAUUCUGUUUUGACUGUCACAUUCCCCAAACUAAAGGUGCCCAGGUUCUCCAUGCAUGCCCACAGCUCUGAGACUGAUGUAUUCUUCCCUGUGGUGAGGGAGGUGCAGUGUGCAGAGGCCAGCACCAUGCAUAAGGAUACCCCUGGGCUAUGGGAAGCCAGCAUCCUAAGGACAGGUACUAAGGACACCAGAGGGCCACCAGCAAGCCUUGAGCAAUCCUUGGAAGCACCCCCAAUUUCUAAGGCCAGAGUACACAUUCAGGGGUCUCAUGAUGAGAGUCAAGAAGUCGUUAUUUGCAGCAGUGUGGAGCAAGAGCCCACUGAUCCCUCAGCACCCGGAGCCUUUUCUACUCAGAUUGUGCGGGAAUCAGAGAUUCCUGCUUCAACAGUUCAGACUCCUUCUUACGGAUUUUCUUUGCUGAAAGUGAAAAUCCCAGAACCCCCUGUGCAGGCCAGUGUGUAUGCAGUAGCUCCCGACUCCCAGACGCAGGAGGGCUUGGGUGGAGAGGCCCUGCCAGCUGCUGCAGGGGGACACUUCAUUUCUGGUGACGUUGGCGAACCAUUUGAGAUGAUCUCUUCCAGUGUUGGCAUGCCACCACUGUCAUUCAUGCCUGAGGCACAUCCCGGGCCCCAGCUUGCGUACGGCAUCUCUGAUGACGAACCAGCAGAGAUUCUUGAGUUUCCUGAGGACAGUCAGGAGGAAAAGCCCCCUGGCACGGCUACAAAACAGAAACCAGAAGGUAAAAAGGCAAGCCUCUUGUGGUCCUGGCUUCCAAGUAUUGGGUUCUCCUCUGUGGAAGAGAUGGCUGCUGAUUCCAGAGACGGCACUCAAGUAUCUACUCCUGUCCAUGUGCAGCCUGCAACUCGGCUGGACCCUGAACUGCCCAGAAAACAGGAGAAGGCGGGCUGGUUCCGGUUUCCCAAGCUAGGAUUUUCCUCUUCACCUACCAAGAAGACCAGAAACACCGACAGUGAGGAAGGCCAGGCAGAACCCAAGCUCCAGGAGGAAACUGUCACCUUUUUUGAUGCUCAAGAAAGCUUCCCUCCAGAGGAGGAGGAGGAAGCCCAGCCAGAGGUGACAAGUUCGAAAGCAAUGGUCGCAUCCUCUGCGAGAACAGAGCUAGUACUGUUGGAACAGUCUAGAGACACAGGUGACAAAUCUACACCUAAGCCUGGGGUCAAGUGAGAGCCAGAGGUCAGAGUCCAUGGGAGAGACAAAGAACCUAAGCUGAAAGUUUGCGGCUGAGCACCGAAAGCACCUCACUCUAGAACGCAUGCUUGUAAAGUCACAGGCUUGAAACCGAAGCAGAAGUGAAUAGCACUUCUGUGUCACACCACACAGCCCUCCUCUAUGGAACCAAAAAAA